UCUCCAAGGCACUUGUCUUCAUCACAUCCAGCAUCUCUCUCUCUCUCUCUCUCUCUCUCUCUCUCUCUCUAACACACACACACACACACACACACACACCCUGUUAACUUGCUUUUGUGGUCCUUCUCUUUAUAACUCUCUUAUCACUAUCUCCAUUUCUUCACCUCCCUAACUAAGCUAAUUACUACAUCUAACACAUUCCUUCUAUCUUUACUUUCCUUCUCAUCUUCCCUUACCGCCGAUAUACCUUCCCAUUUGCUCUUUUGGGUUCUUCAACACUCUUCCUUUUACCAAAACCAGCUGGGUUUCAAAAACUUUGAAGCAGACACGUGCCAAAAUUUUGUUUAUAGGCUGCAGGCAUGUCUAGCAGAAGGUCAAGGCAGUCUAGUGUUCCAAGGAUCACUGAUGAUCAAAUCAUCCACCUUGUCUCCAAAUUACGCCAGCUUCUCCCUGAGAUUCGUCAAAGGCGCUCCGAUAAGGUAUCAGCUUCUAAGGUCCUACAAGAAACUUGCAACUAUAUCAAGAACUUGCAUAGGGAGGUUGAUGAUUUAAGUGAGCGAUUGUCUCAGCUUUUGGCAACAAUUGAUUCUGAUAGUCCUGAAGCUGAGAUAAUAAGGAGUUUAAUUAUGUAAUAUUAUGAUCAGGACAGGUCCUUGGGUUAGUUUAUAUAUAUGUUCUCAUUUUAAUGUACUUGUUAUUAGGUUUUUAUCGCUUAUCGACCAAACAAGGGUUAGCAUAUGCAUGCAUCAAUUUUAAUAUAUGCCAUAUGAGAUAGGCAAUGUAUUUAAGUUGUAUAAUAAAAGGGAAUUGCACUAGCAAAGCCAAAUUUAUGCAUUAUCUAUAUAGAAUAUGGGAUUUGAGUUAA